AUGUCCAAAAGGUCCGGAGAGACAUUUCCCCCUUCCAAGAAGAAAAAAACUGAUCUCACUAGCAAAACCGGCUGGCCGCCCUCGUUCGUGGAACUCGACAAGAUCCACUUCCGGCUUAAUUCGUAUUUCACGUUCUUGUCCUCUCGAAAACAUGUUAUCACCACGUUUGAUCUCCUCAAAAGCGCGCCAGAGGCCGUAAUCGGCCGGUCUUUGACUCACCUAGACGUCUCCAAGAUCGGGAUCCUCAUUCCCAACGACAUUGUUUUCAAGUACGUCGACGAGAACCUGCUUCUUUUGGACCAGCCAAGCAGCACGGCGCAACCCGUGGAUGUGUUCGAGCUCAAGCCAGUGGAGACGGAGGCCAAACAGUUGCUUGUGUUUGAGUUCAUUGAUGGUGACUUGAAAAAGUCGCGCACACAGCUGGACCUCCGGCUCGCGGAGAUCCGGGUCCCCACAUACACCCCCGAGUCGAUGAAGGCAUUGAUUGCACGCCGGGACCAGAAGUUCGUCAAAGUCAUCAACCAGUACCUCCUCUACUGCGAGCAGAAGCAGAUCAACGACCCGAUGCAGCACCUCACGAUACGGGCAGAGCGGAAGUUGCCUAAGCCAAAGGUGUACGUCGAUCCAAUCCAGGAGAUGCUCAGCAGCGUGAACAACAACGUUCUGGAAGACUCCACCCGGCCGUAUAUCAGCGACUUGCUCGAGACCCUCCAGCAGCAGGAUUUUUACCAUGGCCAGAUGGUGCCGAACGGGCACUUUGUGACGGAGCCUAACCCGGCGAUAUACGAGCCGCUUUCAUUCACACUUUCGCCCGAAAUUUGUGCAGCACUCGCGAAGGUGAAGGGCAUCGCAGAGUUCUACAGCCACCAGGCCGAGGCUAUCAACGCGCUCCAUGACGGAAAGAACGUGAUAGUCUCAACAUCCACAUCGUCUGGGAAGUCCUUGAUCUACCAGCUUCCCGUACUCUGUGAGUUAGAGACAAACCCGCAUGCCACCGCAAUGUACAUCUUUCCCACCAAAGCAUUGGCCCAGGAUCAGAAGCGGUCGCUCAAGGAACUCGUAGGCUGUAUGCCAUCACUUGCGCACGUGGUCGUGGAGACCUACGACGGCGACACUGACAAGCUCAGCCGUGGCGGUAUCCGCAACACCGCCCAGGUCAUCUUCACCAACCCCGACAUGCUCCACAACAGCAUUCUUCCUAGCCACCAGUACUGGCGGCGCUUUCUCACGCACCUCCGUUAUGUAGUGAUUGACGAGUUGCACAUGUACAAGGACCUGUUCGGGUCCAAUGUAGCACUCAUCAUGCGCCGCCUUCGUCGCCUCUGUCACAGUCUCCAGAACUUCUCUGUCCAGUUUGUGUCGUGCUCCGCGACGCUCAAAAACCCUGUGCUCCACAUGGCUGCAGUGUUUGGCGUGGACGCCACGGAGAUUGUCCACAUCAGCGAGGAUGGCUCACCGUCGGGCGAGAAGCAUCUCGUGGUGUGGAACCCGCCGCAUAUGAGUCCUAACGAUCAUCUCAGCGGACGCGUAUCGUUUAUCGCCGAGUCGGCCAAGGUGCUCGUGGAGCUCAUCACUCACAAUGUGAGGACGAUCGCGUUUUGCGUGGUGCGCAAGGUGUGCGAGUUGCUCAUGAAGGAGGUGCGGAACUUGCUCCGCCAAAAGGACCGUCUCGAUUUAGUGAACCAGGUAAUGUCGUACCGUGGGGGCUAUUCGACAUCGGACCGCCGCCAGAUCGAGACGGAGAUGUUCAAGGGGAACCUCAAGGCGGUGAUCGCCACCAACGCGUUGGAGUUGGGGAUUGACAUCGGUGGGUUGGAUGCUGCGUUGAUCUGCGGAUUCCCGCUCUCCACCGCCAAGUUCCGCCAGCAGAGCGGGCGAGCCGGACGGCGUAACCGAGACUCGUUGACCCUCGUGGUCGGUAGUGACGACCCCGUCAACCAGCACUAUAUGGCUCAUCCCGCGGAGUUGAUCACCCAGGAGUACCAGGACUUGGUCUUGGACUUUGACAACAUGCUCGUGCUCGAGGGCCACGUCCAGUGCGGCGCUUUUGAGCUUCCGAUCGAUCUCGAGAGAGACUCUGCGUACUUUGGCGACAAGUUGGAGUAUAUCUGCUCCAGACGACUCAACAAGGACCACCACGGGUACCACUGCCACGGCCGGUUUCUCCCGUGGCCACCGAAACACGUGUCAAUCCGAGCGAUAGAGGAGGAGCAUUAUGCAGUGGUGGACAUCACCAACGCGCGUAAUGUGGUGAUUGAGGAGAUCGAGGCCUCCCGAACCAGUUUUACGUUGUACGAAGGUGGGAUCUUCAUCCACCAGGGCUACCCGUAUCUCAUUCGUGAGUUCAACACGGAAGACCGGUUUGCUAAGGUGGAGCGCGUGGAUGUGGAGUGGCACACCAGUCACCGGAGCUACACGGACAUCAACCCGAUUGAAAUAGAAUUUAUCCGGUCUCUCGGAGGGCCUAGCGACGUGCCCGUGUACUACGGCAAGAUCCAGACAACUAUUGUUGUCUUUGGCUUUUUCAAAUUUGACAAACAGAAGCGGAUUCUUGACGCGGUCGAGGUCCACUCGCCGCCAGUGGUUCUCGAUUCCAAGGGUUUCUGGAUCGAUAUUCCCCUCAGGGCAUUGAACUUUAUCCGAGACAAGACGCUUAACGUUGCGGGGGGUAUCCACGCGGCCCAACACGCAAUCAUCAGCAUGUUGCCGUUAUUCAUUGCGGGAGGCUCGUACGAAAUUGGGACAGAGUGCAAGGCCCCAGAGAAGGAGUUUUCCAAGAAAGACCAUGUCCGAAAGCGUCCCGCGCGCUUGGUCUUCCACGAUGCCAAGGGUGGCAAGCACGGAACCGGGCUCUCCGCCAAGGCAUUUGAGCAUAUCGACGAGAUCUUGGACCAGGCCCUUAAGCGUGUGGAGGAGUGCCCGUGCGAAACCGGGUGUAUUGAGUGUGUGGCGACGCCGUAUUGCAAGGAGAACUCGCUUGUGUUAUCGAAACUGGGGGCGCUCAUCAUCCUCUACGUAAUUACCGGCCGGGAGUUUGACCUUGCCAGCAUCCCUGAUGGCCCCGAGGCGAACUUGCCCGACAUUCCGUGCGAGACAAUUGCACCGGUUGAGGGGCUUGUGAAGUUUUCCAAGGAAGUGGAAAUCAUCGAUGCACAUAAAGCCAUGAAUCCGUUGCGGAUGGUGCCGAAAUUAGAGGAUAUAGAGAUGAAGAUUCCCGUGAAGGAGGAGGCUGAAGAUGUGAUUGUUGCCGAUAAUGAGGAAGACGAUGAAGAGUGGAUGCAAGAUGACGAUAUCCUAGCCCUCCUUCGACAAUAA